AAUAUUCGGUUCCGGGGAAGAAUAAUUCAUAAGUCUCAUAUGGUUCACAACAGAUCUCUGUAGGUACAGUGGUGUGCACUAUCACUGUUAGUUUGAUACCCGUUUGAAUGUUGGACAAUUUGUGACGAUUUGUACCGGUCAGGCAUGGAGAGACAUCUCUUAGUAGUAUUGUAAGGUUAGCUAGCUAGCUAGAUAGCUAUCGAUGUCGUUUCCGAAUGCAAGUUCUAAGGUCAGGGAAACGUGUAACAAGUUAGGCUGAGGUAUGGAAUCUUCAAACCUCAGCUGUGUCAUCUGCUUUGAACGAUUCAAUGUCCCAGUCACCAUCCCUUGCGGUCACACUUUCUGCCUGAACUGCAUCACUGUUCACUGGGACACAAAGGCUGAAGGUGGCCUUGACAUACAGUGUCCAAUAUGCAAUGAGACGUUCAACCCGAGGCCAAUCUUAAAACGAAACGUGUCACUGUCUCUUCUGACGGAGACAGCAGCACAUUGUGUCGAGACCAGAGGCGCCAUCCCGGUGUCUAGGCAGAGCAACACAGUCCCACCAGAAGCGGUUUGUGACCGACACACGAAGCCCCUUGUUAUCUACUGCACAAACGACAACAAGUGUGUGUGCUACGAAUGCGCAAUCAGGGAGUGCGACAAGCACGAUAAAGUUCUGGUGGAGGUUGAAAGGGAAAAACGAGAGGAUGGUCUAAGGAGAAAGAGUGGAGAGGUGGAGAAGCACAUGGAGGACACAGAGAACAGCAUCACAGAGCUGACAGAGAACAUUGCCAAAUCUAAGGUGUCCCUGCAGCAGACCUCCCUGUGGAUGAACGCAAAAUUCGCACAACUUGUGAAGGUGCUAGCAGAGAAACAGGAGUGUAUGAUGAACUUCAUUGAGCAGGAGAGACAGACUGCUCUCACCCAAGCAGAGGCCCAGCUUGCCACACUAGAGGACAGGGCUCAGCGACUGAGGGAGACCCAGGGGCAAAUAGCUGCCCUGAAUGCCAUGCCUGACAUCCAAUUUAUUCAGGAAUCAAGAUUUGUUGAGGUCCCACAGAUGAAAGAAACCUCUGUGAAUGUCAACACGAACCUGCAGGACAAACUCAGUGCAGUCACAGAGGUGCUAUCUCGAAUUUCCAAGCUGGUGUUGGAGGACUUGGAGAAAGCAAUAAAUGCAACUGUUGGGCAGGACAAACAAGGUUCUCCCCAGGAUAAGCGUCCUGUGUUGGCAGUAGUCCCAAGCCCUGCCACCCCUUGUUACCCAGCUGCCAAAGAGGGCCUCAGUGCAUUUCACUGUGCGCUGACCUUUGACCCUCGCACAGCCAAUGCUAACCUGCAGCUGUCUCAGGGAAACCGGCGAGCAGAGCACCUCACCUCGGGCCCCCGCCCUGUCCACGCCCACGAGGCGAGGUUCGACACCACCUGGCAGGUGCUGUGCUUCCAGGGCUUCACCCAAGGGCAACACUACUGGGAGGUGGAGGUGUCCAAGCCUUGGGCCUACCUGGGGGUGACCUACCAGGGCAUCCCCCGCAAAGAGAAGGGCAAGCGCUGCAUGGUGGGCAUGAACGAGCUGUCCUGGAGCCUGCAGCUGGAUGAGAGGCAGCUGAGCGCCUGGCACAACGGCAGGAAGGAGGCGGUGGCCGGGCAGCCCCAGCAGCACCGCAUUGGCAUGCUGCUGGAUUACGAGGCCGGGACGCUCACCUACUACGGCGACGGCCAGGCCCGCCUGCACGCCUUCCACUGCGCCUUCUCCCAGGAGCUCUUCCCUGCCUGCUGGAUCGGAGAGGGAGUAAGCGUGACCCUCUGCCCUCCGUGACAAAACCCAGAGCAGCCGGCCUCAGCACCCGCGUUUGAAAUUCUCCGCCGUGGUCUUCUCUCCCUUUCUUAUAGCGUGAAGGUUGUGGCAUAAAUAGAACUCAGUACAUACCUAAGAGAAACUUAUCCUUCUUAAGUAUAAAAGAACCAGUGGUGCAAAGAUGUCACUGCUCUUUAGUGCCGAAGGCAUACCUUCCAUGUUAGAGACCCCUCCUUUCUUGUCUGUAGUGCCGAGAUCGUUGGAUUUUCACAACUUAAGGUACAAAUAUCAGCAUGGUCAUCUUGCAUGAUGCUUUGACUGAGCCAAGAGGAAAUGUAAAAGCACACUAUGGACCCUGUGGAAACUGCUGACUGGACCUGGGACAGGAGCGUUUUGGACAUUGUACAUGAAUUUGCACAAGCCCUUCUUCAGCAUGAGCUGCAGACCAUUCAACUUGCUAGAACUGUUCUGAUGAACCACAUCAUUGAGGCGAUUUACUUGACAAUAUCCUGUUCAAAUCCAAUCUGAUUAGGUCGUCUGAUUGAAGCAAUCAGACUAACUAUUGGAAUAUUCUGGGAUAAUAUUGCCAGGGCUGGAGAGAGAAAUAAAUAAGUACAUGAAAACAA